CUCGAUGUGUACAUUGAGGAUGUUACAAAUCGCCGACCGGCGUUUUAUAAUUUGUUUGCUUUUUUCGGGUUAAUGUACCAGAUAAAUCCUAAAUAAAAUUGUUAAUUUACGAACUAAAUAUGGAAAUACAGUGGUCGGCAAUUCUGAAGGGGGCAUUUGUUUUGGUUGCCUUAGGUCAUCUGAUUGUGUGCCCUUACACAAAGGUGGAGGAGAGCUUCAACUUGCAAGCAAUGCAUGAUCUACUUUAUCAUGGAUUGGACAUCGAAAAGUUUGACCAUCUGGAGUUUCCUGGUGUUGUUCCAAGAACGUUCAUAGGUGCCAUAUUCGUAUCGACACUAUCAAGUCCAGUUGUCAGAUUGGCCAGAUACUGCGGCUUCGAUAAAUUCUUUAGUCAAUAUAUUGUGCGAGCUACUCUUGGCUUAUGUGUGAUCUAUGCUCUGUUCAGGCUGCAUAAAUCCAUCUCCAAGUUGUACAGUGCCGGCAUCGGGAAAUGGUUCCUCCUCAUCACUGCCUCACAGUUUCAUUUCAUGUUCUACUUAUCAAGACCACUGCCAAACAUAUUUGCCCUUGUCGGCGUUUUGUUAGCCCUUCACUACUGGUUGGAACAGAAGCAUCUCAAGUUUAUUGCUGCGUCAGCAUUUUCUGCCAUCAUCUUCCGAGCAGAGUUGGGCAUUUUGAUGGGGCUCUUGUUGGUGGUGAGCUUGUUUAGAACGAAGCUCACCGUGGUUAGAUCAAUUUGCUAUGCUGUUCCUCUUGGACUUCUAGCUCUAGGUUUGACAGUACUGGUUGAUUCAGUGUUUUGGAAGAGGUGGCUGUGGCCGGAAGGAACCGUACUCUACUUCAACACUGUGCUGAACAAGAGCUUCAAGUGGGGCACCCUGCCAUUCGCCUGGUACUUCUACUCGGCGAUUCCCCGAGCUCUCUCCAGUAGCUUGGUGUUCGUUCCCCUUGGUGCUUACAUGGACAGUAGAUCCCGACAGGUACUCCUACCGGCCAUUUGCUUUGUCUUCCUCUACUCAUUCCUCCCACACAAGGAGCUGAGGUUCAUCAUCUAUACGAUACCGAUGUUCAACUUGGCUGCAGCCUGUGCGUGUGACAGAUUGUACCAAACAAGAAGGAAGUCUAUAUUCAGGAGACUCAUAUCAUUGGUAGCAGGCGGUCAUCUUGUCUUCAAUCUUUGCUCAACAGCCAUAUUCCUCUACAUCUCGCAUCAUAAUUACCCUGGUGCAAUGGCCAUAAAUGCAUUGCAUCAGAUAGUACCAAGCUCUCAAGAUGUCAAUGUGCACAUUGGUGUGGAGAGCGCUCAGACAGGAGUAUCCAGGUUUACACAGCUUCAUGAUCACUGGAGGUAUGACAAGACUGAGAACCUGCUCCACGGCGGUGCCAAGAUGUCAAAGUUCAGCCAUAUCUUGCUUGGUAUCACAGUCGAUAACGUCCAGCCAUAUCUAAAAACUCAUGAACGCCUUCGAAUGAUCAGAGGUUUUCACAGCAUCUCCCUAAACAAGGACUUUGGACGCGGCUCGUGGAAAUUAUUUGACGUUCUUUUUCACCCGCGUGUGUUUGUGAUUCGGAGUCUGAACGCGGAUGAACUGCAAGAAGAAAAAGAAAAGGAAGCCAGAGGACUUUAGAUCAUUUCUCCGAGAUUUAUUAUCUUUACUACGUUGGAAUUAAAAUGUAAAAAAUGAAACAAAUGAAACAAAUGCAAGUUCUUAUAGUGCUUUUAUCAUGUAGAACAUUCUCAAGGCGCUUUUCAAUCAUUCCCUAGCCUAGGCGGAAACUUUUCCGUAGACUUCAUCCAUUCCCUAGUCUGGGCUGAAACCUUUUAGUAGAUCUCAGAUUGGCCGCUCAAUCAGCGCAGACUAAUGCAUUAAGCAUUGUCCUUUAUACUAAGUUCUUGCUCUCCGCACAAAUAGAAUAAUGACCUAUUGCAUUUGAGGAAGUUUUCAAAAUUUUAAGAUUGAUGCCAUGUAUGGAGCAAUGCCUUUGAUUUCAGCCAAUAGCAUGGUGUCUUGAAGGCACCCCUUCUUGGUGGUAAAUUUUGUUGUCUUUAUUCAUGACUGACGUUCUCUGUGAAAGAUGAAGUUAAAAGGAAUCGCGUCAGUAUAAUAAAAUUGUUAGAUAUUGUACAGGUAAAUUUUUUCCUCUCCCCAUGUGCUACCUUAGUAAUCAUGCAAAUUAAAUUGACUGGUGUAAGAUAGUUCUUUUCACUACAUACUAAGUUACCAGUACUUCAUUUACAAACGGUACUAAGAACUCAAAUCGAAUGUAUUUUUUAUAUGCAUGUACAAUUUAUAUUGUGAUCAAUUAUAUGAUAUUGUGAUCAAUUAUAUGAUAUUGUGAUCAAUUAUAUGAUAUUGUGAUCAGUGAUUAAGCUUUGUGAUUAUAAAGCCUGUAAGGAA